CGGAUUGAAAUGCUUUUAAUGAAUGAGCGUUUGGUAGGGAGCUGCAGGAGAAACUGAUGGCGGCCAGCAGCUGCCAGGGGUCCGGACACAGUGAGGCAGCAGACAGGUUGAAGGUCAAUGUCAACGGCAAUAUUUUCAGCGUGGACAGAACCAUCAUGGCAGACAACUGUGAGUACUUCAGAGCGUUGUUCCAGUCUGGAAUGAGAGAAUGCCAGCAGGAGGAGGUACAGCUGCAAAGCGUUGGCGUUCAGGGAUUCCUGGUGCUGCUGCGGGUGCUGCAGGGGGAGCAGCCCAUGCUCAACAGUGACCAGAUUGUUGAAUCUAUUGAAUGCACGGCUUUUCUCCAGGUACCAGCUCUCACCAAACACAUGAUGAACAUCAUCAGCUCGGAAAACUGUUUGCUUAUGUAUCACACAGCUGCUGUCUACGGGGUGUGGGAGCUGUCCCACCACUCGGCCUUAUUCAUCAGGGACAUGUAUGCUGAUCUGAAGGAGGACGUGCACGCCUUACCCAGGCAGAUGGUGGAGUACUUGGAGUCUGUUUCCCCAAGCAGCUACAUGGCCGUGUGCAGCCACUCUCCAUCCUCAGAGCUGCUGCACGAUGUCCAGAGAACAGUUUGCUAUCUGGAUGAGGAACACAGGUGGAGAACCCUCACUCAGCUGCCACUGAGCACCAGCACCACCAUGGCAGGGGUAGCUGUCCUUGACAACAAACUGUACAUCAUUGGAGGAGUGCACGAUGUCAGUAAGAGGGUUGUGGAGACCGGGUUCUGCUACAACCCUACAGAUGACACUUGGUCCACAAUCUGUGGUCCCCAGCAGCUGCGCUACAGCUUCACACUGAUUGGUCUUGAGGGAUGUCUCUAUGCCUUAGGGGGGAAGUUCAACAUGAAGGAUCUGUCAUCGGUGGAGAGACUUCAGAUGUCUGAGGGGACCUGGGGCUUCGUCUCGGCCCUGCCCUGCCAGGCAGCGUCUGUGGUGUCGGCUGUAGCCAUGAACAGGAUCUUCAUCUGUCUAUGGAGAGGGAGGGGGGCCACAGAUGUCCACAAGUACGUCCCAGAGGACGACCGCUGGCUUUUGGUCACAACGCUCAUCCGCCAGCAGAGCUAUGGACUUUGCAUGGUGGGCCACAGGGAUAAUCUGUACAUGAUGCGGAACGGACCGGGUGAGGACUUCUUGCUGUGCGUGAUGGACUGCUACAACCUGACCUCAGGUCAGUGGACAGCCAUGUCCGGUCACUAUAGCAACAGCAAAGGCUCUCUGUUCACCGCUGUGGUCAAAGGUGAUUCGGUGUUCACCCUUAGUAGACAUGUUACCACUGAGUACAGGGUGGAGAAGACCCAGUGGAGGCGAAAGCGUGAGAUGGAAGGUUUCGGUCGGGUUGGAUCCAUCUACACGUUCCAGAUGAGGCUUCCUAAGCACACCGUCUCUCUCGGGGAUAGAUGUUUGGAUCAAACUUCAGAAGAAAGCUUUGGAGACAAACAUAUUGUUCCCACCUUUCCUUUACAGUGCUCCUAUAACUUCUGAAGGUAAAUUCUGAAGUUGGCUUUUGUGGAGCACUAAUAAGCAGUCAGUAUCUUCCCCAUAGAAGUGAAAAACUUGUUGGAGUAGGAUUUCUCCAGAGUAGUAUGAUGUGAAACAUGAAUCGCAAAAUGGAUUUUUUUUUAUUAAGUGCAGCCAAAAGAAACUUUCUGAUAGAAAAACAGUUAAAUAAUAUUUGAAGCUUGUUGAUAGUUGUAAGUUUUCAUAUCACAUUUUUGAAUAAGGUACUUAGUCAUGUUAGUUACACUGAACACGUUUUGAAGAAUGUUUCAUGUGGAACAUUUUAGCUUUGUGAAAAACAAUUUCUGAUCUAUGUAAAGUUCAUCAUUCCACAGAGAACUAAGUUAUUCAUGAGUGGAAAGCAACCCAGAUUUCAGUUUCCCCAGGAGUGGACAUCCUAGUAAAUUCCACCGUCCGUAAAUACUCAGAGAAAAACAAACAAAAAGUCUGUUUCAGAUUGCAGGUAUUAGAUAAUAUAUUAGAUUAUAUUCAUGUUCAUAGCUGAACAAUGAGAAAAAGACUGAACCGAUAUGGCAGAUGAUCAUGGAUUUCUGUGUGUUGGGUGCUUUCUCCUUCCCCGCUUAAAAUGUGUUGUGUUGAGUUCAGUUUUAUGUCAUGUUAUAAUGUU